GGUGGCCUUUUCGUGCGUAAUUUCUUUCGGCCGAUCCGGUGUCCAAUAAUUGAAUAAUGCUACUGCAACACUGACCAAAGGCCAAGCAUCGUCAUCCAUCCGUAUCGAUCGUAGUAGCCCGAGAUGCCGAAGAAGAAGACAGGCCAGCGGAAGAAGGCCGAAAAGCAGAAGCUGCGCCAGAAGGAGAUCCGGAACCGCGAAUCUCAACUCCCGGAGCAACCAUGCAACGUAGCGAUGGAUUGCGAAAAGUGUGGCAAGAAACAAAAAUCCCGAGCUUUCUGCUACUUCUGCCAGAGUGUCCAGCGGUUACCGGUCUGUGCGCAGUGUGGGAAGCAAAAGUGCAUGCUGAAGACGGGGGAUUGUGUGAUCAAGCAUCCUGGCGUGUUUACGACAGGCCUGCAGAUGGUGGGAGCGAUCUGUGAUCACUGCGAGGCCUGGAUCUGCCACGGCAGGAAGUGUCUGCAGACGCAUGCCUGCGUUUGUCCACUUAUGGACGCUGUGUGCAUUGAAUGCGAGCGUGGCGUUUGGGAUCACGGAGGACGGAUGUACAAGUGCAGCUUCUGUGACAACUUCCUGUGCGAGGACGACCAGUUUGAGCAUCAGGCCUCCUGCCAGGUGUUGGAAUCCGAAUCCUACAAGUGUCAGUCGUGCAACAAGCUUGGCCAGUACUCGUGUCUGCGGUGCAAGACGUGCUAUUGCGACGAUCACAUUCGGCGGAAAGGUUUCAAGUACGACAAGAACAAACCGAUACCGUGUCCCAAGUGUAACUACGAGACGAGCCAAACGAAGGAUCUUAGCAUGUCGGUUCGCAGUCACAAGUACGGAAGGAAACGGCUGGAUGAUGAAGGAGAGGACGGUGAUUAUGCGUACGACGAUGAGUACACGGCGUACCGGAACAAGUACGACGAGGUUUCGGAUAGUUCUUCAGAUGAAGAUUACGAUGACGACGACGAGUCAGAGUCGACGACGAGCGGAGAAUCGGAUAAAGAAUCCGCCAGCACCAGUGGGGCGCAGAAGAAAACAUAGCUCCUCCAGUUUGGUCCGCCCGUUCCUCUACGCAAAUGGUUUCUUUCAGUAAGCUAGUAAUUAUGUGCGGCACCAAUCGUAGACGAGUUGGGAGCGUUUAUUGAUUGCGCUAGGCUUUGGCCGGGAAUUUUGUGGGCUAGCAGAUUGUAAUAAAAAAAAAUGAAUAUUUUGAAGGC